UGGACAUUUUAGAAAGCGAUAAAAUCAACUUUUUUCUUAGUGAAACAUAAUCCUGAGCUGUUACAUGAGAAGCAAAAGGUUCUCUAGAAGCUAGAACUGUAUUUUGGAAAAUCGAUCCACCCCACUCCUAAAGCUUUUCGGGGCGGGACGGGAUGGGCAAAGCCUUCGCAAGUCAGGGUGGGUUGUUUGUGCCCCAUUUACAUCCCUAGCUUGAGAGAAAGAUGUUUGUCUAAGAUUAAAGAUUGGUGUAAUAUGAUUCUGAAAACUGAGUUUGUUGCAUAGCUAUAUGAAAUGGGGGAACCGUUGUUUUAUGAGCGAAUGAUCAAUCAUCUCCGUGCAACAUCCAAGUAUUAUACUGGUUAUCCAAAGGAUCUUGGGCCAUCACGAGUUAUUGAUUUUACUUCAGAACGAGAUUUUGUUCAUCUUCUUCAUGAAGGUUAUCCAGUGGUUGCUGCUUUUACCAUCAGAUGUAAUCUUACUAGACAUUUGGACAAGGUACUGGAGGAAGCUGCAUCUGAGUUCUAUCCCCAUGUAAAAUUUAUACGUGUUGAAUGUCCAAAAUAUCCCGGUUUCUGCAUUUCACGGCAGAAAACAGAGUAUCCAUUCAUUGAAAUAUUUCAUACUCCAGAACAAGCACCAUCUAAUCAAGGAAAGGUUGUGGAUUCUAAUAUUACAAAGUACUCUGUGAAAGUUAUACCUUACAACUAUGAUCUUAGUGCCUACGGAUUUAGAGAGUUUUUCAAGCGCCAUGGAAUAAGGUCAUCAGAUCCAAAGUGAAAGGAGAUUGGGAGGUGGAAUUCAAUUUGGUCAUUUUUUUCCUUGAGGUUUGAUCAAUCUUUUAACUCUAUACACUGAAAGGCCCUACUUUGGAACAGUGUUGUACUAUCUUGUUCUUCAAUAAAAGUAUUCAUGGAGUGAGGCAGGUAUGUGUAUUCUUGGCCAUUUUUCUCUCGAAGAAUGAAUUUCAAAUUGUUUCUUCU